AUGUCGUCGUACUCACUUUUCUGUAUUGGGAAUCCUCUGCUUGACAUGCAGGUGACUAGUGGGGAGGAGCUCUUGAAAAAGUACGAGCUCAAGGCAAACGAUGCCAUCCUUGCGGAGGAAAAGCACGCCCCGAUAUAUGAAGAGGUCGUCAAAAACUACCAAGUGACUUAUGUUGCUGGAGGCGCGUCUCAGAACGCUGCCCGUGGUGCUGCAUAUGUCUUGCCGCCACAUUCUGUCGUUUACACAGGAUGUGUCGGCGACGAUGAACUUGCCGAGCAGCUCAAAGCCGCCAACAAACGUGAGGGUUUACAGGACAUGUACUAUGUGAAAAAGGGCGAGCAGACGGGUGCUUGCGCCGUUGUCAUUACUGGCCAUAAUCGGUCUCUCGUUACGACUCUCCGUGCUGCUGAGAAAUUCGACAAGGCUCAUUUGUCCUCGCCUGAGAUUUCCGCUGUUCUUGAAAGCGCGAAGGCUUACUACAUGGAAGGCUUUUUCCUCACCCACGGUCUAGAAUCUGCCCUUGAAUUAAGUCAGAAGGCAUCCAAAGACGCAAAGGUUUUCGCAAUUAACCUAUCGGCACCUUUUAUCCCACAAUUCUUUGGCGCACAAUUGCAGCAAAUCAUCCCUUUCACUGAUAUCGUUAUCGCUAACGAAUCCGAAGCCGAAGCAUGGGCCACAGCUAAUGGACACGCUACACCCACCGAUUUGGCCGCCGUCGCCAAAGCUAUCGCGAUUCAGCCAAAGUCCAAUGCUUCUCGUCCUCGCAUCGUCGUCUUGACUCAUGGUGCAGAGUCCACUGUCGUUGUCACGUCCGAUGCCCCCGACGCACCCAAGAUUUACUCUGUGCACGCAUUGAAGUAUGAGGAUAUCAUCGAUACGAAUGGUGCGGGAGACGCGUUCGCAGGUGGAUUCCUGGGUGCUUUCGUAUCCGGUAAGAGUUUGGAUGAGUGCGUCGAGGCUGGGCACAAGAUGGGUGCAAUGUGUGUUCAGCAGGUCGGUCCUCAAUUCAAGUGGCCCAAGAUCGACAUUUUGUAG